AAACCCUCUCCCUAACCUUGAAAUAUUCUUUACUAAAAUUAAGCUUAAAUUUAAAUUCCUUCCCUCCCAUGGCGAUGAAGGAGAUCCACGCCUGAAACUCCAUUCGAUCAGCUGAAAGUUACCUCGAAGUUGGCCACGAUUUCCACCGGUGAAGAUCCUAGUAUUCUUAUUCUUUCCUCUGCUGUAUCUUCUGCUGAAGAACCAAUGGCGGUUCCCGCUGUUCAGUUCCCGAUUUUCAUGGCUGUCAGAGUGCUCGGGAUGGUUGUGGCAGCUCUUGUGUUCAUUUGGACCUUGCAUUUCCGUGGAGGUUUGGCACUUAGCUCAGACAAAAAGGAUCUCAUCUUCAAUGUUCAUCCUGUUCUUAUGGUGAUUGGACUUAUUCUUCUAAAUGGUGAAGCCAUGUUAGCAUACAAGACAGUUUCAGGAACCAAGAACUUCAGGAAACUAGUUCAUCUUGCACUCCAGUUUGUUGCAUUGUUUUUAAGCCUGAUUGGCGUAUGGGCUGCCUUGAAGUUCCACAAUGACAAGGGCAUCGACAACUUUUACAGUCUACAUUCAUGGUUGGGCUUAGUUUCUGUCUUUUUGUUUGGCAUCCAGUGGGGUGCAGGAUUUGUAACCUUUUGGUACCCAGGUGGCUCAAGAAACAGCAGAGCUACUCUGUUGCCAUGGCAUGUUUUCUUUGGCGUUUACAUAUAUGGCCUUUGCAUUGCUACAACUGUUACUGGAUUGUUGGAAAAGGCUACCUUUCUUCAAACCAGUAAGGUAAUAUUACGCUAUUCUAAUGAGGCUUUGCUGAUAAAUUCAUUGGGUAUCGUCGUUGUUGUUUUGGGUGGCCUCGUAGUUCUUGCGGUUAUCGCUCGGUCGAACGACAAAGGUGACGUUUACAGAGGGCCAGCAGAGUAGGAUGAAAACGUUAUAUGCUGGUUCAUAGUUGAAAUGGAACAAGUACUUGCACUGUGUAUGGACUUCUCAUCAAAAUGAAACUUGCCUUUAUUUGUAAUUGAGUAAAAUGAUUCAUACU